AUGUGUGCAGAGGACAGGAAACCAGCAAAGAAGACGUGCAUGAAGUGUGAGAUCUCCAUGUGUGUCCAGCACCUCCAGGCCCACCUGACCACACCUGUGUUACUGCAGACUCAUCCUCUGACUGAACCCAUGGAUUUAUGUGGGAACACCAAAUGUUCUCAGCACGGCAAGCUCCUGGAGUACUACUGCUUGGACGACAUGACCUGUGUGUGUGUUUCCUGCGCCAUUGAGGACCAGCACCGCCUACACAAUAUGAAGACCUUCUCCACAGCCCACAAAGAGCUCCUGGAGAAGCUGAAAGCUGAGCAGCAGAUCUUACAGGAGAAAACAGACGAUGAGAAUGUGAGUCUGGAAAAGUGGGAGAAGAGUGAAAGAGAGAAGCUGGGUUGCUGCAGUGUGUGUCUGAUUGAGGCUGUGACUAAGCUGCGUGACAUCUCUCUGACCAGCGUCCAGAGCUCAGUCUCUGCUCGUAUGGUGUCCCUGAAAACCAGCAAGAGCAGCAUGGAAGCAGCACAGAAGGAGAAGGACACCUUCAGAUUCCUGCAGAUGUAUUCUCAGGUGUAUCAGGAUGUGGAGAAGGCCAAAGCUGUGGAUCUGAGAAAAGGGCUGGAGCCGGGCAGCCAUCGGGACAAACUGGUUGAGGAGAUGAGACAGAAUGGGGAGAAGAUGGUGAAGCAAGCGUCUCAGUUCUGGGGAUCAUUGCUGACUCUGGUUGAUCCUGAACACCACCAGGAGCUUGUUCCCACUGGUUCAGACCUGAUCUUUGAGCCACAGUCUCUGGGUCCUGGCAUGUUGCUGUCCAAAGACAAGAGGAAGGUUUUCCACAAUAGCUGGCUGGGACAGUGCUGUGCAACUCUUCUAAUCUGUAGUACCAAGACAGCCAGCAACUAUCAGAGGUGGGUGGUCAGUCUGUCCGAAGAGUCUGAUUGGAUGAUUGGUUUAUGUGAUAAAAAGUGUGCAAAGAACUUGAAGGAUGGAGCUGUGUAUGGACUGUGCUGGGAAGAUAAGCAGCUCAGCAGCCUCACAACAAAGAGAAAUGAAGGUUCUCAAUCAUCCACUUCACAAGGUUUGAAGGUGCAAAAUACUGGCACAGCCAAAACUGGGACCCAACUCGCGACAACCUCUGCAUUAAUCACAUAUCAGGGGGAGAAUGGAGAAGAGCCUGUACCACAACCUGAAAAGGUGGAGGUGUUGUGGAACUUUCCUGCCUCCACGCUGUCCUUCUUCAGCAGAACCGGACAGCACCAGAGAGAAGAAAUCAUCACAAUGAAGCUCAAAGCAAGCGUCAACAACUGGGACCUGGUCCCAUUUGUCCAACUGGGAAAGCAAAAUAUCCACAGCACGACCCAGCAGCAGCAGUGGAAGUGUUCAUGUGGGAAAGAUUACUACUGGGAUGAGUUAGUGUGUCUCCGCUCCUCCCUGUCCCAGCACCCCAUGCUGGCUGCCCUCUCGUUCCCACAAUCCUAG